AUGCAGAACGAUGAGGCGUCGCAAUGGAAGGAACGUCAGCAAGCAGAAUUGGCCCUGCUACAGGCAAUGUUUCCAGAUCAGGUAACCUGGAACGACCAAAGGCAGGAGGUACAAUACAAGAGUACUGCAGGUGCUUCACUAACCCUACGCUUACCCGAAGGAUAUCCUGGGAAGCAGGAGCCAACUCUGCUUGGUGCAUUCGAUCAACAGAAAAAGGACAUACGACAACUGACGAAAGACACGUUCAAUUCUCUUAAUCUGCCCCUUGACCAAGAAGUACUUGACACGCUUUUACAGAGGUUUGAAGAUGUGGUCGAAAGUAGAGCACGAACCUUGGAGAGCACACAAUCAAGCAAGGUACUCGCAGAUAGUGCUACAACCAACGAGGAGUCUUGCAAGACCGUCGUUGUGUGGUUGCAUCAUCUCCUGAAUACCAACAAAAGAAAGCUCGCUCUACAUCCCUCGAUAGGUGCAGCCAAAAUUGUGGGUCUCACUAAGCCUGGCUAUCCUGGCGUUCUGAUUUAUUCUGGUCCGAGGGAACAUGUUGAUGCGCAUGUUGCAGAGCUCAAGGAUCAACGUUGGCAAGCAUUUCAGGUUCGUAUGGACGUCGCGGGUCCAACAUCGUGGUCGUUUUCUCACGGAUCUGGUAUCAGAGAAGUCGAAUCAAUGUCGGAUGUAACGCAAGCGAUUGUUGAAAAGGAGAAUCGGGACGCCUUCCUCGAAGCUAUACACAUCAAGCAUGACGUCAAGUUAGCAAGAAGCCUGAAUGUCGCGUUGAAGCUUUCGCGAUCGUGUAUCAAUACGAGCCCUUACCAGAGUCAUCAGAGGUCGCGUUGUAUCAACACGGCCCUCGGUCCACGUCGCGCUGGCAAGUAUGAUCCGACAACAUGGCCGCAACUUGCUGAGAACGUAUCAAAACGUGCAAUCAGCACGACCAGUGAACUCCAUGAACGCGCAGAUGCUGCAAGCGAUGAGGAAGUCACAGCGCCCAUAUCACCACUUGCAAUAGUCUUCACAGACAUCGUCAAAUCAACAGCAAUAUGGGAGAAAGACUCCGCAGUCAUGGCUGAAGCCAUGGAGAUUCAUGACAACUUUGUGCGCCGUCUUCUCGACAACCACGCCGGCUACGAAGUCAAGCAGAACGGCGAUGGCUUCAUGAUCGCAUUCCAAUCUGCUCUAUCCGCAUUGAAUUUCUGCUUGGAAGUUCAAGUGCAGCUUCAGGAGCAGGAAUGGCCUCCCCACUUACUUGAGCUGGGACCGGCGCAGCCCGUCGUUGUCCAUGACACCGAGCAUGAAGCAAAAGACCAGAAAGUCCUGUGGAAGGGCUUGCGGCUGAGGAUGUCCGCUCACUUUGGAGAACCCGUUUGCAAGUGGAACGACAUCAUCAAAAGGAUGGACUAUCUCGGUCCAGCUGUGAAUCGGGCUGCAAGAUAUGUGAGUGUUUGCGAAGGUGGCCAAAUCGUGGUCAGUGAGGAAUUCAUCGAAGCUCUAAAGUCGGAGCGAACAGCAUCGCUGGGUGAGAAUGGGCCGUUGUACAACGAUAGUCAAUCCGAGGACACCAAUGGUUAUGCUCUAGAGCAGAAAGACUUUGAAGGUCUUAUUGAGACUGAGUUCGAGCUGCGCAUGCUCGGUCACAGGCAUUUCAAAGGAGUUGAUGAGAAGCAGAGGCUGUUCUUCAUCAUCCCAAAGUCCUUGGAAGGCAGGCUGGAGUACUUUCCCAAGCAUACAUAUGUUCAAGCGGAGAAGGGUAACCUGGUUUGA